GCCACUCAUGUCUGCAGAUAUAAAACCCUAGUGGUGGGGAAGUGUGUGGAAGUUAUGGUCGCCUGUUGUUCCAGAAUCUUCACAAACACACUCAUCAAGUCCAGAGCUUUUGGCCUCGUACGGACGCUCUCUCCCUCCAAUUCUCGCCUUCAGAUUCGUUCGAUGGCGGACUCUGCACUGUCCCAAUUCAAGAAAGUCCAGAUUCAGAGAGAUGAUACUACAUUUGAUGCAUAUGUGGUUGGCAAAGAAGAUGCUCCCGGAAUUGUUGUGCUUCAGGAGUGGUGGGGUGUUGAUUUUGAGAUCAAGAACCAUGCUUUGAAGAUUUCUGAAUUUGAUUCUGGCUUUAAAGCACUUAUUCCCGAUUUGUAUCGGGGAAAAGUUGGUUUAGAUGUUGCUGAAGCACAACAUUUGAUGGACGGUCUUGAUUGGCAAGGUGCUGUAAAGGAUAUUCGUGCUUCCGCUAACUGGCUCAAGUCAAAUGGUUCACAGAAGGUUGGUGUAACAGGAUUUUGCAUGGGUGGUGCUCUCUCUAUUGCUAGUUCUGUUUUAGUCCCUGAGGUUGAUGCUGUUGUAGCCUUCUAUGGAGUUCCUUCAUCUGAGCUUGCAGAUCCUGCCCAUGCUAAGGCUCCUGUCCAGGCUCAUUUCGGGGAGCUCGAUAAUUUUGUUGGAUUUUCAGAUGUGACGGCUGCUAAAGCUUUGGAGGAAAAGCUGAAGGCCUCUGGAGUUCCAUAUGAGGUACACGUUUACCCAGGCAAUGCUCACGCCUUUAUGAAUAGGUCUCCAGAUGGUGUGAAAAGGAGGAAGGGUAUGGGAAUGGCUGAUGACGAUGAAGCUGCAGCUGAGCUGGCAUGGUCUCGCUUCCGUUCAUGGAUGAAUCGCUACUUGUCUCAGCAAUAUCUUUGAUGCACCUGUUAUAUAACGCUUGCUAUCUUAGUAUAAUAAUCUGAUAUUUACUUAUCCAAAAAAAAAAAACUGGUGUUUGAUCUGGAGAUAUUGGAAGGACUGCCAUAUGGUGUAAUUAAAGUGCGCGUGGAUGCAACUCGGGGAAUAAAUUUUUAAUGGUGAUGAGAUUUUUAGUAUGAA